AUGUCUAGAGAAGACCCCUUGAAAGCAGAGAAGGAUUUCUCUGCCACAUUAAAUGAGCAGAUUCCCAUAAUCGAAGAAUUGUCCGACUACAAACAGGCAGUCGACAAGUAUUUGGUGUUGGAAAAGCAGAUUCGUCAAUCGUCAGACUUGGCUCUGAGUAAGCGGGUCCUUACCAAGAUCGUCAACACGUUGGUAGAACAUAACGAUUGGAACUAUUUGAAUGAGUUGAUCACGGUUUUGUCCAAGAAACAUGGCCAGUUGAAGACCUCCAUCCAGACCAUGAUCCAACAUGUUAUUGAGAACUUGUCCAAAUUGGACAACGACAAGCUGGACGAGUUAGCCACAAAAAUGAUGGUCAUUGAAACUAUUCGUACGGUCACCGAUAAGAAGAUUUUUGUGGAAGUUGAGCGUGCCGAAGUGUCCAAACUUUUGUCAGAAAUAUAUUUGACCAAGAAGAAUGACUUGGACAAGGCGGCAGAGAUCUUGUGUGAUUUACAGGUGGAAACUUACUCGUUGAUGCUGUUUGACACCAAAAUUGAGUACAUUUUGGAUCAGAUCAAGUUGACAUUGCAGAAGAAGGAUUACGCUCAGGCCAAGGUUUUGAGUAGGAAAAUUCUCUUGAAGACCUUGAAGAACUUCGAAAAGGCUGAUGAGUACAAGGCUACCUACUUGGGCUACUUGUUGGAGAUCAAUAAGUUUGAGAACGAUUAUAUCAUGAUUGUGAAGAACUCGCUUCUUUUGAUUGAGAUCCCUCUAGUCAAAGAAUCUGAAGGUUUUAAGAAUUUGUUGGUUUCCAUAGUGUACUACAUCAUCUUGUCGCCUUACGACAAUUUCCAGUCUGAUUUGAUCAACAAAAUCAAGAGCAACACUGUGUUCUCCAAGAAUGUGGACCCUAAGAUCUUCAACUUGUUGGAAAUCUUCACCACCAACGAGCUCAUCCAGUCGGAGUCAAUCGAAAAUCAGUAUCGUGCAAAAUAUUUCAGCCAGUCUGACGUAUUUUCUAACAACGAGGAAAACUCUAAGAACUUGCAGAAGCGUAUCAUCGAGCACAACUUGCGUAUCAUCAACAAGUACUAUUCGUUCAUCAAAUUAGACCGCUUAGCGUUUUUGUUGCAGGUGGAGCCUCAGGAAGCAGAGACCUACGUGAGUGAAAUGGUCAAUAAGGGCAUGGUGAGCGCCAAGAUCAACAGACCUCAGGGGAUCAUCAAAUUUGAGAAGUUGCAACAUGGAACCGCAGCUGGUGCCUUGAACGUGUCUAGUAACAGCGAAAACAUCAACGAGUUAUUGGAUAACUGGAUCUAUGAUGUGGAUAAGUUGUUGGAGGAGGUUGAUAGCAUCGGCCACUUGAUUAACAAGGAGAAAAUGAUGUACGGUAUCAAGCAGAAGCUGUGA